CCAAAACCUCGUUCUUAUCGCCACCGUCAGUCGCACCGUUUUGUUCAUACUACUCUCCCGGCCAAACCAUUCUCCGAGACCAGACACGUCGAUGGCUCGCAGCUUUGUUCUGUGGCUUCAUGGGUCGGGCGAGUCGGGCCCAGCUAACGAGCCCAUCAAGACCCUCUUCACUUCCCCGGAGUUCAGGAACACCAUUUGGUCCUUCCCAUCUGCUCCCUCAAUCCCAGUCUCAUGCAACGGCGGUGCUGUGAUGCCUUCAUGGUUUGACACUCACGAGAUUCCUAUAACAGCCAAUUCUCCAAAUGAUGAAAGUGGUCUUCUCAAAGCAGUUAGGAACGUGCAUAAGAUAAUAGACAAUGAGAUAGCUGCUGGCACCAAUCCUAAAAAUGUGUUUGUGUGUGGAUUCAGUCAAGGAGGUGCCUUGACAUUGGCAAGUGUUCUGUUCUACCCUAAAACACUAGGAGGUGCUGCAGUCUUUAGUGGAUGGCUUCCUUUCAAUUCAUCUAUGGUUCAACAGAUCACCGCAGAGGCAAAAAGGACACCUAUUUUGUGGUCUCAUGGAAUUGCUGACGAAAUCGUAAUGUUCGAAGCUGGACAAGCAGGUCCUCCUUUCCUCGAACAAGCUGGUGUCAGCUGUGAAUUCAAGGCUUAUCCAGGUCUUGACCAUUCCAUAAGCAACGAUGAGCUAAAGCACCUGGAGUCAUGGAUCAAAACUCGUCUAAAUGGUUCUUGAACAUCCGUAGGGAGUAAUCAUUACAACUGAAAGAAUGUAACAGUCCAGUUUAUCAUUUUAGUCGGGUAAUGUGACUAAUGUCAUAUUGAUGUUCUACCCUUUUGCUUAUCUGAAAUGAGCACUCUCUUGAAUCUGAUUAUGCGAGGAAGGCUAUAUAAGUAGCCUUUCAUGGUUACCCUGUUUUGCUCCGUCAAUCAUUGUCGUUAUCUGAACUUCCUUUUGUGCAAACCGUUCACUGUUUGAAGUUAGCAUAGUAUUUAUAA